GAACAGCGUGAGGAAGUUGUCGCUGAACAGCAGAGGGGGAAGAAGGCGUGAAAAAUCACCUGCAUGUUCUACAUAGAUUCAGACUGAGUGGUUAAACAAGGCGCGUCAGAUCAACGUAGGAGGACAGUAGCCUUUCCUGCCAGCCGCCAUCUGACGCUCCAUCCAUCCAUUCUUCAUCCUCCUCCAUCUUCCUCCGACAUCAUCCAUCCUCCGCUCCGACUACGCCACGGGCCCGCGGGGCUGUGCGCAGCGUGGGCAACAUCCAGCGAUGCUUCAUCCUCCGCAUCCACAAUAAACGUCGGCUGUUGAAAAUGAGCAGAGGUUCCAGCGGGCUCGGCAUGGGAGGACGGCGCCUCAUCAUCCCUCAUCAGCGUCCUCCAUCAUCAUCAUCAUCAGCCUCAUCUGCUGUUGCCAUGGCACCGCCCCUCCUGCCCGUGCUACUCUUCUGGCUCCUCCCCCAGGCCGCCGCUGCCUACGCCUCUUGCCCGGCGAGCUGCCGCUGCUACAGCCUGACGGUGGAGUGCGGCUCCACGGGCCUGCAGAGCGUCCCCAAACACGUGCCCCCGCCCACACAGACAGUCUUCCUGCAGGAUAAUGUGAUCAGUCAGAUCCGCCGUCAGGACCUGGCUCUGCUCAGACACCUGCACUACCUCUACCUGCAGAACAACACCAUCUCUGCUGUGGAGCCCGGCUCUUUCCAGAACCAGGCUAAGCUGUUGGAGCUGGCCCUAAAUGGAAACAGAAUCCACUUGGUAACGGCUGACAUGUUCCAGGGACUGGAACACCUGCGCAUUCUUUACCUGGCAGGAAAUGACAUCACACGGCUGCUAGACUACACUUUCCGUGGCUUGCAGCGCCUGCAGGAGCUCCACUUGCAGCACAACAGCAUUGAGGUUCUGGCUGACCAGGCGCUGGUCGGUCUGACCUCGCUGGCUCUGUUGGACCUGAGCAGGAACCAUCUUCACACCAUUGGUCCGGCUACACUGCGACCGCUGGUUAGUCUGCAGGUGCUCCGGAUCACAGACAACCCAUGGCGCUGCGACUGUGCCCUCCACUGGUUGAGGAGCUGGAUUGACGAAGAGGGCCAGCGGUUGCUCAGUUCGGCCGAGCGGCGUAUGGCGUGCUCCGAACCGCCUCGUCUGUCCCACCUGAGCCUGGUGGAAGUUCCACUGAACAGCCUCGUCUGCAUCCCUCCGCUGGUGCAGCUGGAGCCCAGGAGGCUGGCUGUGCGUCUGGGUGAGAGCCUACGGGUGUCUUGUCAUGCCUCCGGCUAUCCACGACCUCAGGUCACAUGGAGGAAGGCCUCACAGGGCAAGGUGGCGCCAUCUCCCAGAGGACUGGUGCAGGAGCUGGGAGGUGGAGCCAGAGGUGGAGGAAGAGUCGAGGAGCCUUCAGAGGCAGCUCGCGUGAGUCUGCAGAAAAAUGAUGGCGAGCACUUUGACCCCGACACGGGCAGCGGUAUGCUGUUCCUCAGCAACGUCACUGUGGCGCACGCCGGCUUCUACGAGUGCGAGGCAUGGAAUGCCGGGGGUGUGGCCCGGGUCACGUUCCAACUGGCCAUCAACUCCUCCUCGUCUUCCUCCAUCUGGGCCACCUGGUCGCAGGUGACCCCUCCCCACUCGCCAGCCUGGCCCCGCCUGAGGAGCCCCGGCCCCGCUUCGGGUUCUGAUGUGAGCCAAGAGCCACUCUACGCUCUGGGCAGCAUGGCCUUUGGCGCUCUGGGCGCCGCCACACAGACGGCCAUCGCAGCGGGCAUCUCGCUGCUGGCUCUGACUGCUCUGCUGCUUGUGGCCAUGAUCUACAGCCGUCAUCAGCAAGGAGACAAGGACGCGGAUGGGGCUGAUCAGGAGGAGAGCAUCCUGUACGUCAACGACUACUCAGACGGCCCGACCACGUUCGCCCAGCUUGAAGAAUACCGCGACGAGCGAGGCCACGAGAUGUACGUCCUGAAUCGGGCCAAGCCUGUGCUACCACCGGCCCCACCCACCGCCGUCUCCACCACCAGCCUGGGCUGCCCCGCUCCCUCCGACACCAGCAGCCACACGGCCUCCUCGGGGGCGGGCCAACCAGCGAGCCCCGCCCUCAAUAAGCAAGUGCAAGUGGACGGGGACAUUCGGACCAUGAGGAGAAUGGCGGGGGAAGGUGGGGAGGCGGAGCCAGUGGUGACCUCGGAGGGAGAGGGGAUGUUUGUGAACCACACAGGCUUGUUUGUGGACUCGCAGAUCGCCUACGAGAUCCACUGCUGAGGUUAUAGCACACCUGGUGGUCACAAUGAGAACUGCAAUUGACUAGCCGAAAUCUGACCCCUUGACACUGUGACCUUACAUGCCAAAAUGAUGCCCACGUUUAUCAUAACCCCUGACCACGAUGAUGUUCUUGUAUAGAAGUUAUUGUUUCUCUGGCCUCUCGUCCUUUCGCUUUCUUCAUGAGUGGAUUCCCUUUUUGUAGUGCACGUCCCUCCAGUGUCUUGACUAUACUUUUAAAGUGAAGAGGACUAUGUAAAGAUAGUGGCAUUCAACGUCACACGCCUCUCUCUGACCAUGACGCACGUGCGUGUUCAACUACUUGACCAAAAGAGUACAGCUAACAAUGCCGCCAGAAGAGAAGAGACAUUUUAAAGUCGCUAGCAUGUAGCAGCCCUCAUGUGCUUCACGUCUUGUUGAUACCUGGAUGGUUUUUUUUUGUCAUUCUUAAGUGGGGUGGGGGCGGUUUUAAAGGGGUUUGUCUGUCUUCAAUGAUGCCAACAUUUCUUACUCUAAAACACGAGCAUUCUACAAGAGCCAGCAGUGAAAGUUUGUUUGUGAGGUUACCAAUAAACAAACGACAGAAGACCCUUUGCUUUUUGACUCCAUUUCACACUCAAAACCACAAGUCCUAACAUAUACAG